UUUACCCGAGCCGAGAUUUGGCAGAUCCUCAUCUCCUCUUCUACUCCCUCGCCGAUCAGUAUGUGGCCCUUCGCGAAAGGAAGUCGAGCCUCCAAGGAAGACACGCCGGGGAAGGACCAAGGAAAGGAGGGAAAAGAGGACCACCAACUCCUUGAAUUCGGCGUGACAGAUCGCCUUCGAGAGUUCGUACGAACCUUCACAGUUGACACCUUCAAGUCUUUCCCUCUUCAAGAUGAUCAACCUGCGGACGCUGACGGCGUUGGCGUCGAAUCUAAUGUCAGGAUGGAUCUUACGGAGUGGAGGGAGCGGCAUGCUACUUUGGUUCUUUCCAAAGUCAAGGAAAUUGCGCGUCUUCGAUAUGUUUUAUGUCCUAGGCAUUUAAAGGAAAGACAGUUCUGGAGAAUAUAUUUUCAACUUGUUAAAAGCUAUAUUGCACCAUACGAGAGGCAUGCCAUGCAGAAAGCAAGGAUGCAGAAGCUAGAGAUGGAGUCCGAAGAGUCACCGCACAAGGCUGCCAUUGAGGUGGAAAUGUCAGAAUCAAACAAGCGAAGUGAUUCAUCUACAGCAUUGCCGAGCAAAGAGAAUUGCGUCUUAAAAGAUGACAUUAAUGGAGGUGAUAGACAAGUAGAUCCUAAAAUCAGUUGAACAGUAUGAAAACACAAAGCUUCAACACUUCGAAAGUGCAGUUGCAUUGCUCCCAUCAUUCAAGGAGUCAAAAGUGGGCCGAUAACUAGUUUGCUUAGCACUGAUGCUUCUUCAUUGGCAGCAGUUGUGCAGUAGAUUAAAGGUUCUGAGAAUAUUUGGAAGCCCGUUGGUGUUUGCAAAAUGACGAGAUGCCGUCUUGCUGAAUGUUUGAUAUGCAAAGGCAAAACGGAAACAUAGGAUACGAUCACACCUCAAAUUAUGCUCUAACUAUUGAUAUGCAAACCUCUUGUUAUAACGUUGAAGUUCAUAUUUUUUUUCCUCUGUUGGUUUGAAUCGACGUUUCCUCGUUAAGAAAUUGUGACCAGGUGUUGAUAUCUCUUGAUUUUCCCCCAUAUUUGUCUAGAAUAUGAGGAAACGCUCUCUUUGCUUAGAAUAUUUUUUUCUCCUUUGCUUUAUUAAUGUAAUUUCAAAUGUUUAUCAAAA